AUGUCUUUCGCCAGAGCAGCUUCCCUGCGUUCCGCCCUCCGAUCCUCGGCGCGCCGGACGAUCCGUCCCCAGUUCCGUUCCCAGGUCGGCCAGAGGACCUACGCCAGCCAACAUGGCGCGAAGCCCCAGAGCGAGCUUCCUCUUGCCAUUGGCUCAGCAGUCGUCUUCGCCGCCGGUCUGGCCGUCAUCCAGCCAUGGAGCGGCCCCGCGCCGUCCAAGGGCCACGGCGCUGCUCAUGCCAAGCAUGAUGAGGAGGAGAAGCACGAUGAGCCUGAGGAGAAGGAGGAGAAGAAAGAGGAGUCAAAGUCUGAGGAGAAGGAGGACGAUAAGUCUGAAGAGAAGAACGACGUGAAGUCUGAGGAGAAGUCAGAGGAUAAGAAGGAAGACAAGUCCGAGAAGCCCAAGGAUGAGAAGAAGGAGGAAAAGUCUGAGGACAAGCCCAAGGAAGAGUCUAAGGACGAGAAGAAGGGUGAGGAGAAGGAAGAGAAGUCUGAUAACAAGGAGGAGAAGUCUAACGAUAAGAAGGAGAAGUCUGAUGACAAGAAGGAGGAGAAGUCAGAGGACAAGAAGGAGGAGAAGUCUGACGACAAGAAGGAAGACAAGCCCGAGGAGAAGAAGGACGAGAAGAAGGACGAGAAGAAGGAGGACAACUAA